AGGCCGAUCAGUUCCUCUCUCCCCUGUUCGGGUACUGAGCUUGGGUAGAGAUUAGGAACCCCACUCAAAAGUCUGGAAUGGUCACUAAACGGUAGCUGGAUCUGCUGCCUGCCCGUCUGAAAGAGAAGCAGGAACAAAGGCGGCCGGCUUCCUGCGGCGCACACGAUGCCCGACCGAGCUGUAGAUGAAAUGUUGGCCACGGACAAAGAAGAUAAGCAGCAAGUCCUCUUGGAGGAAGGCAGGGCCAAGUAUACGCCCCGCUUGAGGGGCUUUGUGGAAGUAAGCAAAACUGGGGUAUCAGGGGAACACAUACUAAAGAGAAAACAUACAUGCUGUGAUUGUGGGAAGACAUUUUGCCGCCGUUCUGACCUUGUUCGGCACCAGAAACUCCACACAGGAGACCGACCCUUUACCUGUACUAAGUGUGGGAAAAGUUUUGUUCAGAGCACCCACCUCAUUGCACAUCAAAAAAGCCAUACAAAAGAGAAGCCCUACAUUUGUCCUCACUGUGGGAGAAGCUUCAACCAGAUAUUAAAUUUCAGUAGGCACCAGAGAACUCACUCAAAGGAGCCACCCUUCAAAUGUAGUGACUGUGGGAAGACUUUCAGUCGCAGCUCCAACCUUAUAAUGCACCAAAGGACACACACAGGAGAACGGCCUUAUAAAUGCUUGGACUGUGGAAAUAGUUUCAGCAGGAGUUCAACUCUCGUUACACACCAGAGAACCCACACAGGUGAGAAACCCUACAAAUGCCAGGAUUGCUGGAAAAGUUUUGGCAGGCGUUCCACUCUUAUUAUGCAUCAGAGGAUUCACACAGGGGAGAAGCCUUAUAAAUGCCCUGACUGCCCUGAAAGCUUUAGUGUAAAAUCAGGUCUUUUAAGUCAUCAGAGAAUCCACAUGACUGAGAAGCCCUAUCUGUGCCUAGAGUGUGGCAAAAACUUCUGUCGGAGUGCAGAUCUCAUUAUUCACCAGAGAAUUCAUACAGGAGAAAAACCAUAUAAAUGCAGUGAAUGUGGGAAGAAAUUCAAUACAAACUCACACUUGGUUACGCAUCAGAGAAUCCACACAGGAGAAAAACCUUACAAGUGUCCUGAGUGUGGGAAAAGCUUCUCUUACAGCUCAGUGCUUGUUGGCCACCAGCGAGUCCACACAGGUGAAAAACCUUAUGCAUGUGCAGAGUGUGGGAAAACCUUCCGUAACAAUUCACACCUCAUUACACACCAGAGAGUCCACACAGGGGAGAAGCCUUAUGAGUGCCAUGAAUGUGGAAGAAGUUUCAGUGUGAGUUCAAACCUUAUUAAGCAUCGAAAAAUCCAUGAAAGAGAUGCUUCAUUUACAAGUUCUGAAUAAGAAUUGCAGCUAUUGAUGGUAAUCCGUAAUUAGUCACAAGAUGGUCACCAACAGGAAAUAGACUCCACAUUCUUGGAAGCCUUGGUAGAAUAUAAAAUUUAUUUUCAUGAGAGGAUGGCUGAAACAGAUGUGAACAUAGAGCAACAAACAAUGUCUACAAAGUCGAAUAGAGAAAGAUUUAGCUUUGGGAAAUUCUGAUGAAUGCAAGUGUGUGUUUGUUUUUUGAGGAGGGUGGAUCUGUACUACCCUGUUUACCUGAAAGGAAGACUAGAGUUUUUAUUCCCACAUGUGCCAUCAAAAAAGUGGGGGGGGGGUCUUAAAUUCAUGUACAAGUAACACCUUUUGUAUUACUACACAUAAUUGUACAGUACUUCACAUAACUAUACCCGGAGGGGGAGAUGGUCCUACAUUCAGGAUCUCCUUCCUUUCAGGUAAAUACAAAUAAGUUCAAAUUCUGUGCAAAGGAAAAAAAACACGUUUUGUUCUCAAAACAAGUUACGCAAAUUAA